AUGGUGAAAUUCUUGGGUACAAGACUCUGUGCCAUGGCAGUCUGUGUCAGUCUCGGUUCUAGAUUUCCCUCAUCGUGUCAAAACACGUCUCGCACAACAGACUCUGUUGGCCACUGGGAGGACCUCGAGACAUGGCUAAGUGUUGCAACAGACAGCCUCCUACCUAAGGCUGCUGAAACACUGAAGCAUCAGACACAGGACCAGCUGGAUGACAACAUAACAAGCCUUAUGAGACAAGACCCAAGUCAGAGCUACAGUCACAAAGAACUAGCCAAGAUCACUGGCUCCUUAAGCCACACACUCAUCGCCACCCUCAAGCUGAGCGACAGGCACGCCGCCCAUAUCCAGCAGGAGCUGACAUGUGCACAGCGACACAUCGAGCAGCUAGAACUGGAGGCUCAGGAACGACGGGAAGGGUCUGAUGAGGUGGAACAAGGCACCGAGGAAGAGAUCAACAGGCUAAAAGAGACCCUAGCAGCUACUACCAAAGAAAUUAAACAAGUCAAGGCAGACUAUGCUGAUCGCUCUAACAAGUUACAGUAUGCAGAACAGCUACUGGAAAAGGCAAAGGCUGACUUCAGAGACAAGAACAGCAGAAUCAAAGCCCUUGAAACUCACCUGGAUGAGUCAAGAAACGAGAUCAGCCGCCUAACACGACAGCACGACUACAUUAAAGAGGAAUCCGAUAGUUUCAGAGAGGAACUCAAACACGCCUACAAAUUGCGCCGUGAGCCGUCGAGGACACGACGGGCACCGACCUCACCCCUGCCGACCAGCCGCAGAUCAUCGCACGGCUUGGACCUAAAAGACCUCGACAAGCUUGCUAGGAACAUUGGCAAAUUCACCCCAAGUGUGCCAGGUAGCCAGGAUGUCCAAGCUUAUCUGCAAGACGUCGAUUUCCAUCUGGAAAUGAGACCCAAUGUCACUGACAAAGAUAGACUCUAUUUGCUCCGA